AUGCCCGCACCCCCACCCCCCAUCGCCACCCCCCUCUCCGCCAUCGGCAACACGCCCGCAGUCCUCUUCCGCCACGUCGCGCCUGCCUCCACCUACGCCAAUGUCUACGUCAAGCUCGAAAGCCUCAAUCCGACCGGCAGCUACAAAGACCGCCUCGCCGCUACCCUUAUCGCCGCCGCCGAGCUCCGCCCAAGCAUGACCGUCACCGAAGCGACCGGCGGCAGCACGGGGUCCUCGCUCGCUUUCGUCUGCGCCGCCAAGGGCUACGCGUUCGCGCCUGUCUGCUCCAACGCCUUUACGCCCGAGAAGCUGCGCACCAUGGCUGCGUUUGGCGCGAGCGUAUAA